AUGUCUCGGCCUCCGAAAAAAGCUCUACACUCCCUGCCUCGCUACGGUUCGAACCGGGGCUGGACGCAACGCGCCCGCCGCACCAGCUCACCCCACAAACAAGCAUUCCUGCCCCCCGGUCACUUCCCCUUCGCCUUGCCCCCCGCCUCAGCAGAAAAGUCCCGACAGUGGUGUCGGGAGGCCGCGCUGAAGAUCUGGAAGCUCGUCGAGGCCUACCAACAAACCUUCGCCCUCCGACGCGCGCAGUACGGCAUAGCCUAUGCGACGUAUUGUGCCGUGGUCGUCAUGCUCCAGCACACCCGCAGCGUCGACGAGGAUGUGCACUGCAUCCGUUUCUUCUGGUCCGCCUUGCUGGAGUACCAGAAAGGAUGCUCGUAUGGCCUGAAGCGACCGUUGAAAUUGCUGAGGUCGCUCAUGCGCCGGCUGGAGUCGGUGGCGAAUCUCCUCGAAGCGGAGGACCGGGCGGCGGAUGGGGCCGCGCCUGCUGUAGGGCUGGGCUCUAUAGCGGAUGUGGGUCUACAUUGGCCACUGGAGGCUGAAGCAUGGGAUCCUUCGACGUUGGAUGCUCUGCCGGACGAGUUUUUCCUGGCUGACGAGUCGAUGUUCGGUAUGUUCGGCGGAUAA